AUGACCAGCAAUAUCGACAACAAGACCGCGACCGAGAAGGUCGCCACUGAGCAUCAAGAUCGUAUCGAGACUCCAAUCAAGCCUAGCGAGAUCGUUACGGAUGCCGUGGCCAAAGGUCAAGUCACCUCUGGUUAUGAGACCUUGAGCUGGUGGCAAACCGUUAGAAAGUUCAAGCUCGUGAGUUUUAUUUGCUUCAUGGCUGCCUUUAGUGCUGCUACCGAUGGAUACCAAGUGGCUAUGAGUGCGAGUAUCAUCGCCAAUAAAGGCUUCGUUAAAGAAUUCGCAACCAAGAUCAACCCCGACGGCAAACAAUAUCUUGCUUCGAAUAUUAUCAGUUCUUGGGGUGCCUGCAUGAACGUCGGGCAGAUCCUCGGCCAGACCGGUGUGACUUUUGUCAAUGCCAGAUUCGGUCGAAAGAUAGGCAUGUAUUGGCUCUGGCUCUUCCUCUUCGCCAGUGUGCUUGCCGAAACUCUCGCUAGGAAUUGGAGUGUCUGGCUGGUUGCCAAGAUGCUGGCCGGCUAUGGUGUGGGUUGUCUCCAAGCAACCGUCCUUGGAUAUAUCAGCGAGGUAGCUCCUGUUCGAAUCCGAGGUGGUCUCUUAAUGUGCUACAGCUUCUGGUGGACUCUUGGAUCUUUCCUCACCCACGUGGUUCUGCAGAGAAUGAACAAGACUCACCCGUACAACUGGCUGACUCCGAUUUACACUCAAUGGGGUCAGAUUGGAUUGAUGAUCCUAAUUUAUGUCUUCCUUCCCGAAUCGCCGGCUUGGUUGGCAACUGUAGGCCAAGAAGAAAAAGCGAAGAAGGUUCUGAAGUGGCUGCAUCGCGGCGUCGAAGACUACGACGUGGAUCACCAAUAUCACCUCCUCGAACUCGCCAUUGAGCACGAGCGCAGUGUUGCAACAGAACAGCGAAAGGAAAGCUGGCUUGCUAUUUUCCGUGGUACUGACGGCCGCCGGACUCUGACAGCCUUGUGGACCAUUACUGCCCAGCAGUUCACUGGUCUGGCGCUCUUUAGCACCUUUGGAACCUACUUCUUCCAGCAGGCUGGUUUGCCCGAUCCAUUUUCGAUCAAGGCUAUCACGACCUCGCUCCAGAUUGUAACCGUCAUUGCAGCUGUGUUCCUCGUCGAUAGGCUAGGUCGACGACUCAUGGCCUGCAUCGCCACUACGCUCAUGUGGCUGACCUGUCUCGUGGUCGGUAUCCUUGGCACCUUCCAUGAGACGAAAACUGUCACCUAUAUUUUUGUCCUCUUUGCAUCGUUGUGGAACGUCGGUAUUGCCGCCAACGGUGCCGCUGGUUGGGGCUUCAUCGGCGAGAUAUCCUCGCAGCGUCUCCGCCCUUACACAUCGGGGUUCGCUGCGUCAGCUAACUCCCUCGGAGGAUUGAUUAUGUCUGUCCUCAUGCCAUACAUGGUAAAUGCUAAUGAAUGGAACUGGGGAUUGAAAACCGGCUUUUUCUACGCCGGUGUGGGCGCCCCAUUUGUCGCUGGGAUGUGGUUCCUUAUCCCCGAAGUUGCUGGUCGAUCCGCCGCCGAGUUGGAUGAGCUUUUCGAACGAAAGAUCAAGCCGUGGCGAUUCCAUAAGACCGAGACUGCGACUGAGCGUUUGGUCAAGGCUGAGCGGGAGCAGUGA